AUGCUAUCACAGCAUUUGAUUGUGUCGCUCUUUCUUGCCAGCAGUCACGCGCUGGUCCAUACCGCCCAGUCCCCGUUAGUGGAGGAGUACGAUGUACUCCAGUAUAUUGACCCGCUGAUCGGCAGCACCAACGGAGGAAAUGUCUUCCCCGGUGCUUCGCUGCCCUAUGGCAUGGCCAAGGCGGGCGCUGAUACCAAUUCCGACAGCAACCAGGGCGGUUUCGCAUACGAUGGCAGCAAUGUGACUGGGUUCUCGAGCAUGCACGACUCGGGUACAGGUGGCAGUCCGUCUCUCGGCAAUUUUCCCUUGUUUCCUUACGCACAAUGCAAGGAUGACGACGUGAAUGGCUGCGUCUAUCCGAAGAAAGCUCGAGCAACUCCUUAUACUCCGGACUCGGUCAAGGCCAGUCCGGGCUACUUUGCGCUUUCAUUGGAGUCGGGGGUCCAUGUUGAAAUGACCGCCGCUCAUCAUACUUCACUCUUUCGAUUUACGUUCCCUGAGAAAAGUAAUCCGCUGAUCCUGUUGGAUCUCUCGGAUUUGUCCGACUCUCGGCAGGACAAUGCGACCAUCUCCAUUGAUGAAUCUAGUGGCCGCAUGACGGGUAGUGGCAGGUUCCUGCCAAGCUUUGGGAGUGGAGCGUAUACUCUCCACUUCUGUGCCGAUUUCCAAAGCUCUGGCUGGUUGAGGGAUAGUGGCAUUUUUGUCGAUGGUCGAGCUAGUACCGAAGUCCAUGACCUGACCAUUUCUCGGAGUAUCAAUGGCUAUCCACUUCCGGGAGGAGGAUUUAUUCGUCAUGAGACCCCAUCAGAUGGCAUAGUCCAAGCUCGUGUGGGCGUGAGCUUCAUUAGCAUCGAGCAGGCAUGUUUACAUGCGGAAGCGGAGAUCAGCAACUUCGACUUUGAAUCCACGCGUCAAGCUGCUGUUGAUCAAUGGACCGAGAAACUCCGACCAAUUCGUGUCUCACGGAACGGUGUACAGGAGUCCGUUCUCACUAAUUUCUACAGUGGUAUCUACCGAACCAUGAUCAACCCCCAGAACUAUACGGGCGAGAACCCGCUGUGGACAAGCUCCGAGCCAUAUUUUGACUCUUUCUAUUGUCUUUGGGAUUCUUUCCGCUCUCAAAUCCCCUUCCUGACAAUCUUCGACCCGAACUCCGUCGCCCAGAUGGUGCGGUCUCUUAUUGAUACCCAGCGCCAUUUGGGGUGGCUGCCGGACUGUCGGAUGUCACUAUGCAAGGGUUUCACACAGGGUGGCUCAAACGCCGACAACAUCUUGGUCGACGCCUAUGUCAAGGGUCUCAAUAACGGAAUUGACUGGGAUGCUGGAUAUGCAGCAGUGCAGAAGGACGCUGAAGAGGAGCCAUACGACUGGUCCAAUGAGGGUCGUGGAGGUCUUCAGAGCUGGAAAGAGCUUCACUAUAUUCCCGUGGAAGACUUCGACUACUUAGGCUUUGGUACAAUGACACGCAGUAUCUCGCGCACUCUUGAGUACUCAUACAACGAUUUUGCUAUCGCACAGAUGGCCCGGGGUCUCAACAAGACUGGGGACGCUGAGAAAUAUAAGAAGCGCUCCGAGUCAUGGAAGAACUUGUUCAAAGAGGACCAGACAUCAUUCAACAAUGGGACAGACACUGGCUUUACUGGAUUCUUCCAGCCCAAAUACCUGAAUCAAACCUGGGGACACCAGGAUCCUCUCAAAUGCUCAAAUAUUGAUAACAGCGGAAGUGUUUGUUCGCUUCAAAAUACUGCUGCAGAAACUUUUGAGUCCAGUAUCUGGGAAUACCAAUUCUUUGUUCCUCACGACAUGGCAGCUCUGAUUCCCAUGCUCGGUGGUCCUUCCAGCUUUGUCAAGCGCCUCGACUACCUCCACGAUCAGAAUAUCACCUAUAUCGGAAAUGAACCUGCCUUCCUCACCGUCUUCCAAUAUCAUUACGCCGGUCGUCCCGCUAAAUCCACUGCUCGGGUUCGCACAUACAUUCCAGACUACUUCUCUCCGACUCCCGCCGGACUCCCUGGCAACGACGAUUCCGGUGCCAUGGGCUCAUUUGUUGCGAUGUCCAUGAUGGGUCUUUUCCCAAACCCAGGACAGAGCGUUUAUCUUAUUACAGUUCCAUUCUUUGAAUCAGUCAGCAUCGUCUCGCCUCUCACGGGCAAUACGGCGACUAUACGCGUUGCGAAUUGGAGUAAGUUCAACUCGCUCAACAACACCGGAGCUACUGGUUUUAUCCAGUCGGCUACAUUGAAUGGAAGACCGUAUACCCGUAAUUGGGUCGACCAUGACUUCUUCAAUCAGGGUCAAGACUUGGUUCUCAUUUUAGGUCGCAAUGAAAGUGCUUGGGGGACUGGGCCUGGUGAUCUUCCACCUUCUUUGUCUGAUAGCACAUCGUCGAGGGUGAUGGGUCGCUCAUUCGGUGGCAUUGUUGACGAACUGGAUCGACUCGAGAGACCAAUUGUUGGCGGUCGCAGAAAUCAUGCUAGACAUGCUGCACAUUUGAAUCAUCAUGCUCAAAUUGUCACUGGACCACAAUGGCAGAAGGGUUGGUAA